CAAAAAGUUUUUGAUUCGUAUGGACAAAGUGUCCGAGUUUUUAAAGGUGGCCGAGAAUGUGGGCAUCGAUAAGGGCGAGAUACCGGACCUCACCAAAGCGCCCAGUAGUCUGUUGGACGCACUCGAGCAACAUUUAGCACAAUUGGAGGGCAAAAAGGGACAGUCCUCUACAUCGCAGCCGACAAACGGCACGACCGCUAAUGGAUCGGUUCCGAGCGACUCGUUCAACGGCGCCGUCAAAGACCCCGAAAGCGCUUCCGUAAUGAAAGCCCUCGAAGAAGAGGAGCGAAUGCUUAACCAAUUGAAGGAGAAGCACAUGCAGGACAAGGAUGGCGGCGGAGCCAAAGCCAACAACCCGUUCCUCGCGAUGUCGCCCACGGCUGAGUCCAAGACGUCGCCCACAGCCGACAAAAGUCAGGGAUUAUUAGAUUUUUUCAAUGACUCGCACGAUUCCACGCCUAUUAGUACUAACCGCGCGCUGCCUACCGGUCCCCCACACGCAGGCAAAGCCAGCGACGAUCUAUUGUUCCUGACGUCGGCCAACCCGUUCGCCGACAUACUAAACGCCGCCAUUAGUAACGCACCGCCGAUGACACAGACGCCGUUUGGCACGUCGAUGGCGCCGGUGAUGGGUCAGCCACCGCAGCAACAGUCGAUGGGUCAGCCCUCGAUGGUGCCGCGCAUACAGAGCACCGGCCCCUUCAACGGGAUGCCCACGAAUGGCGGCAAUAUGUUCGCCUCGGAGGACGGCUUUGCGGCCGCUUUUGGUAAAAGUGACACAACCUCUGCCUCAGUAUCAGAUCAGAGGACCGACACGCUAGCCAUGCCUACCGGUGUCGACGACCCGAAUCUGUCGGCCUCGCCGUCGCCCACUCAUGAGGUUAUCCGAGGCGCCGGCACUACACCCAUACUAGCCGUUCCCGAUCAUGGGUUUGGAGAGGACAGUGGUAUCGACGAUAGCAAUAAUUCUCGCGGCAAUAGUCCGCUGCCAUCGGCGGCCAUAUCAGCGCCACCGCCUUCUGGUGAGAGCAGUCCCUUCGGACACCACUUCGAGACCAAUGCGUUUCCGACCACUUUUGAAGAGACCGGCCAUUCGGCUAAGAGUGGGCCGCCUGUCAGGCCUCCGGCACCACACGAGGCACCCAUGGCUGCGGCUCCCACUCGACCGCCGCCUCCUUCCGGCGCUAAUAUCGAGGGGUUUGAAGAGAGCAGUGCAGACUUUGGCGACCAGUCGUCGGCAGUUGGCUUCCCUCCCGGUGCGGCGUUUCCUAUGUUUGGGAACAUACCGUUCGCGGCGUUAGACCCCAAUCAGCAGCAGUUCAUUAUACAACAGCAGCUACUGUUCCAACAGCAACAGCGGGCGGCUAUGGGGUCGUCGCCCCAAAUGGCGGCUAAACCCGCGAAAAAGGCGUCCGCUUUCGAGGACUUGGACUUUGCGAUGAGGGAGACGAUGACUAAGCCCCAGAAACCGGUGGGCCCGCAGGCGAACCAGUCGUCCACAUCGCCGCCCAGUGCAGCGCCGCCGGGCUUAGUAUACGUGCCGCCCGGAACGGCACCCCCGGCCGGAUAUGUCGCGAUGCCCGGCAUGCCGUCGUACGGAAUAGCUACCGGUGCCGUCGCAGGUCUAACCGCUUCUGAGGGUUUUGACGCGUUUGGCGAUGUAUUACAGCCGCAACUGAUGGCCGCCAAAAUGGGUCAGACCGUACAAAUGGCGCCCCAAAUCACGCCAAACACCACCACAACUGCAAACGCAAAUCAAAGUCUAUUUAAGGGUGACCUGGACUCGAGUCUCGCGAGUUUGGCCCAAAACCUCGACAUUAACGGACCAAAAGGAUCGUUCAAAAAACCUGGUCAACAGUUUUCCAGUCCUAAAAACACAAUAAAAACGGGCGCACCGGUACAGCCGCAGCAAAUGCCCGGCUGGAACGCGGGCCAGCAAAUGGGCGCCUGGAGUGGGGCCGGCGGUGGCGUACCCCUGGCCGGCCAACAGCCCGCUAUGAUUCCAGCAGGCGGUCAGUGGGCGGCCGCCGGCGUACAGCCAAUGAUUCCCAACGCCAUGGCGUACGGCGUUCAGAUGAGACCCGGUAUGGUUCCAGGGAUGCCUCCCGUCGGCGCUGGACUUCCCGGUGCCGUUCAAGUGCUGCCAAACCCCGGCCAGCGCCCAGUAAACCCCGGAUUAGCCAGUACUCAAUCGGACCCUUUCGGUGCGCUAUAGACAGUCGACUGAAACACAUAUUUAAGACUAAUAUAACACAUGAGAAAAUCGUAACGUUUUAUGGGCAGAGAGUUGUGUUUUUAAUUUAUAGAUCAUUUUUGUGAGCAAUUUAUUUGUCGUCAUAUUAUAAAUAACUAGAAAUUUAUUAUUUUUUUAAUUCUCUCGAUGUCUCUCGAAAAAUGGGAUUUAUAAAUGAAAAUCAAAUGAAAUGUCUGUUUAUUGCAUAUCAGUGCCGAUGUUUGCAAUUGUUUUUUAUGUUAUGAUUGAUUUACACACUGAUUAUAUUUAUGAAUAGACACAUACACACACACGACCAUUAAAUUGUUUUUAUUUACGCCAAAUUUGAAUUCUAGU